AUGACGGCGGAAGGAUCCAGCGAGCAAGUGGACCCUGCCUCCUCAUCUUGCCAGCGUAGACAGCCCAGAGAGGUACUUGUGGGCAGAAGGUUCUUAGCUCAUCUGCGCAGGUUCAGCUGUGAGUCCGGCGCCAUCUUAGCGGCUCAGAGGCGAGGAGAAGAUGUGGAGACUUCCAAGAAAUGGGCCGCUGGCCAGAACAAACAGCAUUCAAUCACCAAGAACACAGCCAAGCUAGACCGGGAGACCGAGGAGCUGCACCAUGACCGGGUGACCCUGGAGGUGGGCAAGGUGAUCCAGCAGGGCCGGCAGAGCAAGGGACUGACGCAGAAGGACCUGGCGACGAAAAUCAACGAAAAGCCACAAGUCAUCGCGGACUACGAGAGUGGACGGGCCAUCCCUAAUAACCAGGUUCUGGGCAAAAUUGAGAGAGCCAUCGGCCUCAAGCUCCGGGGGAAGGACAUUGGGAAGCCGAUCGAAAAGGGGCCAAGGGCGAAAUGAACACAGAGCCUCGAAACCGGUGCGUCUGGCCGACCUCGUCUGCCGGUCCCCUUGACCACCAGCGCAGGCCUCUUCACGUGGCCGAGCGGGUGCCGGGCUGUCAGCCCUGCCCGGGAACCCCUCCUCCCGAACCUGCUGUCACUCAAAAUCUUGCAAAGUGUUCGCUUCUCCUGAUUGUUUCGCCUCCCCAGCCCCAGUCCUCAGAUUGGGGUACAGAACGCUACUGUCCUCUCCCACAGUGUUGGCCCGGUUGUGGGUGCGGCUCCCCGGGGAACUGAGAGGGAGCCCCUCACGUGGGCGGGUGUAGGGUGGGGUGGCCUGAUCCAGCCCAGAAGGGGGAAGGUGCCUCUGGUCCGGCUGUUGGAGAAGCUAAUAAACGUUUGCUGCCCUU